AUGUCGGAAAUCAAAGUGGUGGCGGAUAUGAGUCACGAUCAAAGCCUCCUCGUACACGAAGAAGCUUCUUCCACUCAAAACCUCACCGGAAAGACACGACUUGCUUCUCUAGACAUCUUCCGUGGCCUCACUGUCGCUUUGAUGAUCCUCGUGGAUGACGCCGGAGGAGACUGGCCUGUGAUAGCUCACGCUCCUUGGGAAGGCUGCAACUUGGCUGAUUUCGUCAUGCCUUUCUUCUUGUUCAUCGUUGGCGUCUCCAUCGCUCUUUCCUUCAAGCGGGUUUCAAACAAGUUUGAUGCUUGUAAGAAAGUGGGGUUUAGGACAUGCAAGCUCCUCUUCUGGGGUCUUUUAUUACAAGGUGGUUUCUCUCAUGCUCCUGAUGAAUUAGCAUAUGGCGUUGAUGUUACUAGGAUGAGGUUUUGUGGGAUUCUCCAGAGAAUAGCUUUAUCCUACUUAGUAGUAGCAUUGGUGGAGAUUUUCACAAAGGACUCACAUGAGGAGACUCUGACAACAGGAAGAUUCUCAAUAUUCAAGUCAUAUUAUUGGCACUGGAUUGUGGGUGGAUCAGUUCUUGUGAUUUAUCUUGCCACACUCUAUGGAACUUAUGUUCCUGAUUGGGAAUUCGUUGUCUAUGAUAAAGAUAGCAUUCUCUAUGGGAAAGUCCAAACCGUAUCAUGUGGAGUGAGAGGGAAGCUAAACCCUCCUUGUAAUGCUGUUGGAUAUGUUGAUAGACAAGUUCUAGGGAUCAAUCAUAUGUAUCACCAUCCUGCUUGGAGACGAUCCAAGGCUUGCACUGAGUAUUCCUCCUAUGAGAGACCUUUGCGCCAAGAUGCACCGUCAUGGUGUCAUGCUCCAUUUGAGCCUGAAGGAAUCCUAAGCUCCAUAUCUGCUAUUCUUUCUACAAUCAUCGGAGUCCAUUUUGGACAUAUCAUCUUACACUUUAAGGAGCAUGCAACUCGGUUGAAACAUUGGAUCUCCACUGGUCUAGCUCUACUUUCUCUAGGACUAACUCUACAUUUCACACAUUUGAUGCCUUUGAACAAACAACUCUACACUUUCAGCUACACAUGCGUAACCUCCGGUGCAGCCGCGCUUGUCUUCUCCUCCUUGUAUUCUCUGGUGGAUGUAUUGGAGUGGAAACACAUGUUUCUACCUCUGAAAUGGAUAGGAAUGAAUGCAAUGUUGGUCUACGUGUUGGGAGCUGAAGGCAUUUUGGCUGGUUUUUUCAACGGUUGGUACUAUCGCCACCCAAGCAAUACACUGGUCUGGGGUUCGAAUCUCAGGCUACGCAGUUUUUACACCAGGAGGGUUUCAAUUCCCGGAGAAGGUGAAUGGCGAAUUAUGCAAGAUUGGAGAACGCUUACAGGAGAUCUUCAGCAUGGCGCAAGGCGUACCGUCAGGAAUGGAUUUCAUAGGGCGGCUCAGGAUGAUGCGGCCAGACGUGAAUCCGCAUAA